AUGUGGGGGUUUUUUAGAAUAAACCAUAGACUGGUUUCUAACUCUGCCAUCAAGUUUAGAAACUUUUCAACAACAACAACAGAAACAGCAACAAUCAAUAAACCAAUAGCACAAGCAAAAUAUAGCGAGUUUAUUUCAGCACAAAGAGGUUUUAAAAAUAAAAUAAGAAAGGUUGAUUUAAAAAAAUUCUCUUUUAUUAACUUUCAAGAUUUAGAAAUUCAAAAUAAAAUCCCACUACAUUUUUCUGAAUCAAUUAAAAAUGCAAGUGAUGAAAAUAGCGUUUAUAGAGAGAUAGAUUAUUAUUUAAAUUAUGAAGCUAAAGAUGUAGCUACAGUCAGCAAGUUAUAUCAAAGUUUACCAGGUACUUACAAAAAAAACAAUUAUGUUUUAAGAUCAUUUUUAAGAUUCUUUAAAAACAAUUCACAAGAUCAAUUGUUUUUAGAAAUGGCCAAGAGUGCUCGUGUAAAUGAUAGCUUUGAUACCGAAUCCUAUGUUUUGAUUGUAGAUUUUUUAUUAAAACAAGAACAAAGAGACUAUAGCUUUUUAGAUAAAAUGGUUAAAAAAUUAAGAGAAUCUAUUGAAGAAAACUCAAAAGAUAGGGAAAGAGAUUACAAAGUAAACAAUUUAACCAAAAGUAUAUUAAUAGAAUAUUAUCUAGAAAUUUGUGAUUUCCAAAACUGCGAAAAUUUUUUCAAGAGUUGUUCAACUGAAGAAGAGUUUCCAGUAGAUCAUUUUAUUUUAUUCAUUCAAAGGCUAAUAAAAGCCAAUCCACAAAAAGCUCUAGACAUCACCAAAAAAACUCUUAUCAAAUAUGAUAGGGGUAUUAAAAGCCUUGAAUAUAUCAGAAUCCUACAAGUUUUCAAAAAAGAAAAUAGAAAUGACUGUAUUUUAGAAAUUUGGUCUUCAUCAGAUGUAAAUUUCAACAAAAGCAAAUUUAUUAUCGAAUAUUUAACUCACAAAGAGGGAGAUAUUCAUUUAGCCAAAACAAUUCUCGAAGAAUUAUCAAAGAAAGACAAAUUUAACUUAAUUAACAAUGGUGAAAAGUUGAUGGGACCUCUUUUCAAUUAUUACCUGGCUAAAAAAGAACCGGAAGAAGUUUUAAAGCUCCUUAAAUUUAUUCGAAAAUAUGAUAUUAUACUAAGUCCACAAUUUAUUUUUCAUUCAAUAUUAAAACCAAAACUAUAUGACUUUUCCGUAAUUUCACAAUAUAUGUUGUCACAAAGAUCAUUCCUUCAAAGCUUUGGUUGGGUUAUUGCAUAUUGCGAAAGAUAUGAUACCCCAGAAAAUAAAGAAUUGGUAAAUAAUCUUUUAGAACCAAUAAAAAACAAUCCACGUUUAUUGGCCAGUGCCAUCUUUGAUAUCGUUCAAGUUUAUUUAUUAUUGGACGACUUUCAAAAAGCAGUUCAAUGGUAUACCUCAGCAUCCUCAAUCUAUCAAAUAAAUACAGGUGCUACGAUGUUUCACAUCUUUAUGGAAUACCACAAAAAAAAAGGAGAACAGGAGCUAGUGGAGUUCUGGAGAAAUUCUUUAGUCCAAAGUGGUUUUUACAGAGAUUCUCUCCCAGGUCCUCUGGGGGAGAAAUUUAUUAAAAGAUUAGAUCAAAAAAUCCCCCAUUUAGAUUUAAUUCAUCAAGGAAACAGCGAUUCUGACUUUGUAGAAAGGUUUGAUAGUCAUUGUUUAAAAUCAGAGAAAUUUAUGAAGGAGAUUCAAAAAAGACAACAAAGAUUUUUAGAUUCAGAAAAUAGACCAAAUCAAAUAGUUGACGUUGUAGAAGUUGAAUCACUAAUUAGGAAGAAUGAUGUUCAAACCUUAAAAAUUCAACUUGCCAAUUACGUAGAAAACCAAUUAUUACCAAAAGAAACCAUAGUCCGUAUAUUGGAUAUUAUUUAUUUAAAUAACCCAGAUGAAUUUAUUAGCUACACUUCAACCGCCUUCAAAAAGCCAACACUAGAAUUUAAACAAAUCUUACAAUCAACUAUUAUAAAGUUUGAUUUCGAAAAAGGUGUCGAGUUAUUCAAAGAUGAUAUUCUCAAGUAUAAAAGCCCAAUUUUUUUAAGUUCAAUAUUAAUUUAUGCAGUUCGUAAAGGUUAUAUCCGAUUGUCUUUAGCAAUUUUAAGAUUCUGUGUAAUGAACAAUCUCGAAUUUUCACCACAAGCACGUUAUAUUAUUGCUUUAGAGUUCAGAAACAUCCAAUUAAAAUCUCAAACAAUCCAUUUCAACUAUAACACAAAUACCGACUUUUUCUUUUUCAACAAUGAUAAAGAUGAUACAGAUUUCUCUGGUGUAUUUAGAAAGUACAAAAAGCUAAAAGAAAAUGGAAACUACUAUUUAUACAAUAACAUUGAGGAUCCAGAUCUUCAAAACAUUCAUGUUAAUAAAAUUUUUGCAUUCUCCGAAAGAAUCAAAAGUUGCAGAUUCCACAUUUUCACCUUAUAUAAAAACUUUAUUUUAGAUGCUCCAGAUAAAAUUUCCUCAACUUUAAAUGUAUUCUAUAGAUAUUAUGAUAUUCCACUCUCAAAUUUAUGUAUCCACUUUUUAAUAGAUUUAGGUGAAGAAAAGAAUGCAGAUGUUAUUAUUGAUAGAGCCCUCUCUUUAGAAAUGUUCAAUCGUGAAACUUUAUUACUAUACAUUCAAGCAAAGAGAAAAUUUAAUAAACAACAAUUCAAUAUCGAAGAAAUAAUCAACAAAUACAAUUUAGUCAAAAAAUUAAAUUUGUUAGAAAACGAGAUAGAGAAAUUAAUUGAAAUUUCAAAUUCAGAAGGUUUAACAGCCGAUUCAUCGGAUGAACAUUACAACUCAUAUUCAGUUUACCUUGAAAAUUAUACAUUUAUUAGAGAAUACCUCAGAAAACCAAAAAGAGGCGAAGAUGUCGAACUUAGAAAUAAUUAUAUAGCAAUAGAUAAUAUGGAUGAUAAAGAUAAUGAAGACUUUAUUUGGGAAUUAUCAAAAGAUAUAAGAGGCAGUUUAGAAAAAUAA